GAUUUUUUCAGUUUUCUUCUUUUGUAUCAUUAACUUAUUAUUCAAUUAUCAUCUCUAUGUCUUUAACACUUAAAUCAAUAUAUUCAACUCUAAUGUCUCUUCUGAACUCUAAUCCUCUAUCAACAACUGUCUAUGUGACAUUUCAAAUGCAACAUGUCCAAAACAUAAUUAUCUCCCCCUUAAAUCCACUAAUUCUCCUAAUCAUUUAGAUUUGUAAUAACACAAUUAUCCUGGUUCUUUAUCUAGCAGUGUUAUCUAUCUAUCUACCUAUCUACCUACCUACACUCUAAAAACCCAAAACUUGUAGCAACAUGGGAUCUGAAGUCUUCCACGUCUAAACAGCUUCAAAGAUGGAAACUCCAAAGCUAAUCUUUGUUCCUGUGAGAAUCCACUUUAAAUGGAAUCUCAGACUAGAAGUUUCAGAUUGAAUAAUAGACACUAAAAUAUUUAAUGGACCUAGCUAAGUGGAGUUAGCAAAAUUUUAUCAAAUGCUAAGUACUCUUUUGUCCCAGUAGCUUCUCCCUCUGUAUUACAGAUCCUUCCCAAGAAGACCAACUCAGGGCAGCUCCUUUUACUGUCCAUUGUAAGUAGUCCUGUAGUACUAUCCAUUGUAAGGGGUGUAUGGGGUGCUCAGGGAGGGGUAGCAUCUCUGGUAUGGAGGGCUUGUUGUGCCCUCUUAGGGCAGCUCUCCAGCCUCUGACCCUCACCUGACACCCAGCUCUCACUUGUGGCUCCUAGUAGCUGCUAGCAUGUUGCAGCGGCCACACCCCGGGCAACGGCUUCGACAGGCCGGCUAAACCUUGUGAGGGUAGCCAUCGGGUGGUAGACCCCUGGUGAACCAGGGCUUUGCUCACCCAGCAUGUGAAGACUGCUUCGGUUGAACAGACAGAAGAAACCAAUAAGAAGGUUCAACGGCUGAGAUGGCGUGUUGGAGCACAAAGGACAACACAGUCAUCCAAUGCAGCUGAGGAAGUCUCCAGGUGUAGCGAUUUUUCCUGCCAAUGGACCCAGGCUUCCAACGCUGAGAGAGUGGGACUGUCUUUGUGCAAUGACUUUUCCACUUAAAUGUCCUUCACGAACAAGUGUCUUUGUGCACACUCAUCUAUACACAAUAGAUGAAAAUGCACAAAGACAAUCAUCAUCCUCAGUUACUGAGAGACUACUUACUACUAUUAUAAGUAGUCCAUUCCUUUACAACCUAGCCUCUAGCUAUGGUUCCUUUCCCAAGCCUGUCAGUGUAGUUUGAACCUUCCCAUUUCCUUGUAUCCAUAUUAAUAUCAAUUAUAUUUCCCUGUCCUUUGGUUUCCCAAAUGGUAUAUAAGUCCCCUAAUUUCUUUUAUUCUUUGGAGCUGUCAAUCUCACAUGGUUGGUGGUUUCAGGGGUAGGUGACCAGAGCAGCCAGAGUCUUGGGGCUCUGGGUAGGUUUGUAGCACACACCUCUUCCUAUUGACCUUGAGGGAUUAUGUGGAACCCCUCCCUUUAAUUAAAGUAGUUUUUCAGACUAUUUAAUAGUUUCAUUUUUUCCAGUUUAGCACUACCUACACCUUUCUUUUUGUUCCCCAGCUGAUCAGUUGCCAAAUUUUGUAAUUCUACUUUAGAAAUAUCUUUCAUAUGUCUUCUUUUGCUUGUAGAAUUUUUAAGAGUAUCCUAAAUAGACAGCCUGCCUCCACUCUCUUCUCCUGUCUCCAAUUUAAACUCCACACAACUGCCCAAAUAAUUUUCUUAUGUACAGGUCUUAACAUUAGUACCUUGCUUGAAAAUGUUUAGUGGCUUCUUAUUGCCUUUGAGUUAAAAUGUAAACUUUUCUGGUUCCAGUUUAACUUUUCAAAGCUUUCUUUCUUAUUACUGUUACACUUUAAACAUCUCAACCAAAUUGGAUUGAUAUGAAUGCUAUUCUUGCUAAUUUCUGCCUUUCAAAAUUUCAGCUUUCAAAGUUAGGCUCAUAGUAACUUCUCUGAAAAGGUUUCUCUGAAUCUCCUGUUUAUGAAAUUCUCUCCCUCUCUUUAAAAAAUUAUUUGGGGGAGUGGGGAAGCUGCUUGGCUUUAUCUUCCUGUUCUCCCACUUCAGUAGGAAGUAAGCUCCUUUCGAAAGGAAGUUAUUUUUGUCUUGGCAUCUCCAUCUACUGGCAUAGUCUUGUAGACAGCACAUGCUGAAUAAUAUUGUUCAGAUUCUGUUUUAUAGAUGGAUUUAAAUGAGGUUGCAUUUGAUGGCCUCUUAAAUCCUUUUAAAUUCUGAUUGUCUUCCUGAGGAGCUUGAGAAGUGGGUUGGGGAGGGGAGCUAAAGGCUGAUAGAAGAAAAGGCAGAAUAGCCUGGGGUUAAAUGGGGGUUCUCCAUACCGAAAAGAGUGAAGGCUCAGAGGCCAAAGAUAGAAUUAGUGGUGGGAGAGAAAGGGAGUUUGUAGUAACCUAGUAUGAUUGCAUAAGUAAAGAAAAGCAGACUGACAAAUGCCCAGGAGAUGUGGAGGUGGAACAGGGGCUUUGGCGCAGUAAGUAUGCCUGCUUUAAUAGCAAUUUAAAAUUUAAAAAGGGCCCCUGCUCCACAACUUAUAUGAAAUGUAUCAGUGCAAGGGUCACAGUACCUAAUUUAGAGAGGAGACCACGGAGGUCCCCUCGAAGCGUGAUACGGUAGGCAAACUUUCCUGAUAGAGGCCGCAAUUUGAAAGCAAUUCUUCUUAUUCCCCAAGAGGAGUUAAGCCAAAGGACCCCACAAGGGAGAAUGGUUCUGGGGAGGUCACUUGAGCGAGGGGAGCUUAAGUGCCAGUCCAUUCCAUAGCCUUUCCAGAGGUGCGUGCGCUCGCACGUGUUGCAGGCUUCGAAACAAACAGACAAACAAACAAAAAAAGGGCGCCUACAGCUUUCGUGAGCUUUCUGUCCUUAGAAGACAUCCGGGAUCAACCCAGAAGAACUCAGGUACUUCCGGAAUCAGCCGCAGUCCAUUCGGGUGUUUGGGGGCUAGCAUUGAGCCUCGCUUCAGUAUAGCCGUCACGUGAGUUACCCGAGAGCCUUCGGGAAUUUCCGGAAGUGUAAGGGGCGUGCCAUCGAGAGGUGGCCUGCUGCAGCCGCCCCACCGGCUUUAGGUUACCGCCGCAGAAUCGCGAGCCCACGACCGGACGAUCUGCGGUGGUCCGGGACCGGAAGCUGGUGCGGAUGAGGUCAUUUCCGGCGGGUGACGGUGCGGACGGGUCAGAGGCGUAGAGGCGGCGGCAAAAUGGCGGCGCCUGAGGAGCGGGACUUAACCCAGGAGCAGACGGAAAAGCUGCUGCAGUUCCAGGAUUUGACUGGAAUCGAAUCUAUGGAUCAAUGUCGUCAUACUCUGGAACAACACAACUGGAACAUAGAGGCAGCUGUACAGGACAGACUGAAUGAACAAGAAGGUGUACCAAGUGUCUUCAACCCUCCUCCGUCCCGACCCCUGCAGGUUAAUACAGCCGACCACAGGAUCUACAGCUAUGUUGUUUCAAGACCACAACCAAGGGCAAGUUAUUUUGCAGCUGGGGAUAUUCUUUCUCCUUCAUUUCACAAGGGAUUGCUAGGCUGGGGUUAUUACUUGAUUAUGCUUCCAUUCCGAUUUACCUAUUACACAAUACUUGAUAUAUUUAGGUUUGCGCUUCGUUUUAUACGUCCUGACCCUCGAAGUCGGGUCACUGACCCUGUUGGGGACAUUGUUUCAUUUAUGCACAUAUUUGAAGAGAAAUAUGGGAGGACACAUCCUGUCUUCUACCAGGGAACAUACAGCCAGGCACUAAAUGAUGCCAAGCGAGAACUUCGCUUUCUGUUGGUCUAUCUUCAUGGUGAUGAUCACCAAGAUUCUGAUGAUUUUUGUCGCAAUACUCUUUGUGCACCUGAUGUCAUUUCGCUUAUAAACAAUAGGAUGCUCUUUUGGGCAUGUUCCACAAACAAACCUGAGGGAUACCGAGUAUCCCAAGCUUUGCGAGAAAAUACAUAUCCAUUCCUAGCUAUGAUCAUGUUGAAGGAUCGGAGAAUGACUGUGGUUGGUCGGUUAGAAGGUCUCAUUCAACCUGAUGAUCUCAUUAACCAACUGACAUUCAUCAUGGAUGCAAACCAGACAUACCUGGUUUCUGAACGCCUGGAAAGGGAAGAGAGAAACCAGACCCAGGUGCUGAGGCAGCAACAAGAUGAAGCCUACCUGGCUUCCCUCCGGGCUGACCAGGAGAAAGAACGAAAAAAGCAAGAGGAGCGAGAGCGGAAGCGACGAAAGGAGGAAGAAGUGCAGCAGCAGAAAAUGGCAGAAGAGAGGCGUCGACGGAACUUACAGGAGGAGAAGGAGCGGAAGUCAGAAUGCCUGCCACCUGAGCCACCCCCUGAUGACCCCGAAAGUGUGAAGAUCAUUUUCAAGUUACCCAAUGAUUCCAGAGUAGAGAGACGAUUCCAUUUUACACAAUCUUUAACAGUAAUCCAUGACUUCUUGUUCUCCUUGAAGGAAAGCCCCGAGAAGUUUCAGAUUGAGGCCAACUUCCCCCGCCGGGUGCUGCCCUGCCUUCCCUCAGAGGAGUGGCCCAACCCCCCCACGCUGCAGGAGGCUGGACUCAGCCAGACGGAAGUGCUUUUUGUUCAGGACCUCACAGACGAUUGACGCUUUUGCCCUCAGCCCCGCCCCCUUUAUCCCCAAAAGAAAACAAAAUGAAAAAAAGAGAAAUUCAUAUUAUUAUUAUAAUACAAUAUUUUUUUUAAAAGACUGCUGCAUCCUAAGAGGGCAGAGGGGUGGGGGGGGACUGGGGAUCAGAAACCAUGCUGCCUGUAUCAACCACAAUCUAAUGUGUGGUUCAAGAGAGAGGGAAACAGCAAGUGCGUCUGUUCUACAAUCCCACUGCCUCCCUCCUGCCUGUGUACCAAGCCCCUGCUUUCCAUUCACAGGGAGGGAUACAAAAGAGAAUGUCUCUUCUGAUUGACCCAUAACCCUUUUGGUGGGAUGGGAACCUCCCUCACCAGUUCUCAUUCUUCAUAGCUUUUAUAGAAAAAUAAUAAAACCACCAACAACCAACUAUAUCCCCAACGUCUACUGAAGAAUUGCUCCUCUUACCUCUAUGGAGAGGAGAUUGAGGGAAGAGAAGGACAGAUAGAGGUGUUUCUUCAGUUUCCCACAAUAUACAAAUCUUUUUUUUUUCUUUUCUGUUGCUUUGUAAUGACCAAAGGAAUGGGGCUGACAUUUUUCCCUUGAUUUUUAUUUGCUAAAGAGCCGAUCUUUACCAGAUAAAUUCUUGUCCUGGGCUUCUUAGCCCAAAUAGUGUAAUAAAGGCUCUGUGGGUUGGUUUGUGUUGAUGCCCACUCUUGUCCCCUGCAGCUCCCCAGAGUGGCUGUUGUAGUCUACGUUCUUGUACUUAGAGCCCAUUUCCAUGCAUACACUGUUGAGUGUGAAUCAGUGGGUGAAUUCUGAAGCCCAUUCAGGAUCUAUGUCACACCACAGCACAUACACACAAGUGUAGCUUUUUCAGAGGUCUCAAUCAGAUGGUUAGUUUGGGGUCUGAACCAAAGGAUGUUAGCUUUCCUUUCCUGUUUCUAGUACAGGAAUCCUCACUCCUACUUCAUCCUACCCCAUUCUCUACUCCACUCCUUUCUCCCCAGAGAUUUCCGGGUACAGGGUUGAGCCUUCAGAGAAACAGGAGUUACCCUGUUGGUGUGUGUAUGUGUGUUGCAGUGUAACUUUAAUUUUUUUUUUAAGUACAAAAGAAAUAAAGGCCUUGAAGGGAACCUGGGUAGGAAUGAGAUGCCUGAAGUGGAAGGCAUAUGUGUUUCUCCUGUAGAUGCUUGCUUGAGGCAAGAAAUUUUAUUUUUAUCCCUUGAAUGUUGUGUUGAAGUCAUAGGGCCCUUGGACUAGAGAUGAACAGGCUGUGGAUUACAUACCUGAAGCUCUAGCCCAGGCUGAAUUGAUAGAAUCCAAUUUAGGGCUUUGAGACCAGUAUGAGCUGAUGGGUAACCUGAAAUGUUCUGUAGUGAAAUUGAUUGCUAUUGGGAGUAGAGAUGCAACCUACUAAGACUGCAGGCCCCAACAUGCUAUGGGGCCAAGGUAUUCAGAUCAAGAUAGAACUUAAUUUGUUGGACCUACAGACUCCAGAGGCUGCAUCUCUAAUAUAAGGGCAGCUAUUUUAUGCUCCAUAUUAUCAGUGUUCAAUUCAUCCCUCUUAUCAGGGAUGUCACCAGUGGGGGCAGAGUGCGGGACCACUGAAUAGUCACCAGGAGUUCUGUGAAUAUCUCGUUGACUUUGGCAUAUGCAACUAUAUCUAUUACAUCAACUCUGGUAAAGUUAAAAUUUUCCCCUGGAUUUGUGUAACUUUCUAGCCUAGUUUCCUACUCUUUCAGGACUGGAUUAAAAGAAAACAAACCAUGAGCAUAUAUUUUAAAAACUGUCUUUACAGUGACUUUAAAAACACAAGUCAUUAUUCAUUCAACCCUGUAUGAAGUCUGUUAUUGUCAGACUAGAUAGGAGAUGAUUUUCAAUCUAACCCUGAGCCUACCUCUCUGCUUGGAAUACACAGGUAUCCUCUCAGAAGGACAUGGAAGGUUCGUAAACAUCUUCAAAAAGUCUGUUUUUCAGAGGAUGUUAUUAUGCAGAGAUGGAGCCCAUUUGAUCUCAUCUUUUCAGUCAUUCUCCCCCCCCCCCCCCCAUUUCUUUAAUAAUUAAACCUCUGACUUGGUUUAGAAUGCUCCCCUCCUGUCUUUCUUACUUUUUGAUAACUGUGUGAUUGGGUGAAGGGGAUUGGGUUGGAGACUAGGAUCUUUAGAGAGUCACUACUUUUGGGAACAUUUAUCUGUUUUGCUUUUGGCUUAAGAAGACUACCUGAACCCCAUUCUCCUUCCUUAUAUCAGCCUCUAAUUGAAAUCAACUCUUGUUCUACUGUCUCUAGGUACUGUCUCCUUCCCUUGAGUUUUGCACUUGAUGCCAAUACAAUAUUACCAAAGUGGAACUCAGGGUAUGGGGGUUGGGACGUUCAACGAAACCCUACAAGAGAAUGCUGAACAAUAUCCACGUAAUCUCUGGGAUCUUUGAGCAGUUGUUUACAAGAGUCGCAGUUGGCAGCUGAGGGGGGGGGGGGGGCGGGAAUGAAGUUCAAUUCAGGUCUAAAAGUACUCCCAAUUUUGAGGUUACAGAUUCUGCUGAACCAUCAUGGGAACAUGACCAAGCAAAGAUACCUGAAUUGGAGUCUCUUGGAUUUAUGCGACCUCACAUUCAGCCCUCCAAGCCUUUCCUUUUGUAUUUGCAGAAUAUCUGCAACAGAUUUUCCUUUCUCUUCCCCUUGUUUGACCCUGGUCAGAAAUGUAUGCAAUGACAGCAGAGGAUCUUUAAAAACAACCCAACAAAUCCAAGAAUCCCUAAAAAGAACUUGGAACUUUCAACUGAGCAGUCAUUAUGAAAAUUGCAAAUGGUGCCAAGGCCCAAGAAAGAGCUGCAGAAAGUGACCCAGCAGGGAUUGAAAUCCCUGAAUGCAGAAUUGAUGGAAUGGAGUGUUGCCAUCUUGUGCUCAAACAAGGGGCCCCACUUUACACCUUUUUUUAAAAAAAUAGACUUGUGAGGAAUGCAGCAAUGGGAAACCUAUCCUGAAAAGGAUGUAAUGACCCUACUUAUACUGCACCUGAAUAGUUAUGUGGUCAUUUGCUGAAUAAAUCUAGUGUACUUAAAAUUUUUUUCAUAAAGUUUACAUUGUAUUGUAGGUUAACAUUAAAUGUUUUAUAACAAAGUG